AUGUCCGAGGAUCUGGUGACGUUUGGGGACGUGGCCGUGGACUUCUCGCAGGAGGAGUGGGAGUGGCUGAGCCCGGCGCAGAGGAGUCUGUACCGGACGGUGAUGCUGGACAACUACCGGAGCCUGGUGUCGCUGGGAGUUUCGGUUUCCAAGCCAGAUGUGAUCUCAUUACUGGAGCAAGGAAAGGAGCCCUGGCUGAUGAAGGAGGAGGGGCCGAGGGGAGCACGCCCUGAUUGGGAGUAUGCAUUUAAAAACAAGGAAUUUCCAUCAAAGCAAGUUAUUUAUGAAGACUCAUCCAAAAUAAUGAUGAUGGGAAGAAGCCAUCUUAGUUAUAACCUCAACUGCUCCAGUUGGAGAGGAGACUCUAAAAGUAAGGACUGGUUUAAGAACCAGUUGGGAACUCAGGAGGUACAUGCUAGUCAGCUGAUCGUCACUCACAGAGAAAUCCUAACUGAGGAUCACAGUAAUGAAUAUUCUAAGUCCUGGCAAACUUUCCAUCAGGAUACAAUCUUUGAUAUAAAGCAGAAACGUAAUAAGCAUGAGCCACAAAAGAGAAGUUACCGGAAAAAAUCUGUCGAAAUGAAACGUAAGAAAGUCUAUGUAGAAAAGAAACUCUUGAAAUGUAAUGAAUGUGAGAAGGUGUUCAACCAGAGCUCAUCUCUCACUCUUCAUCAGAGAAUUCAUACUGGAGAGAAGCCCUACGCGUGUGUCGAAUGUGGGAAAACCUUCAGUCAGAGUGCAAACCUAGCUCAACAUAAGAGAAUCCACACUGGAGAGAAACCCUAUGAAUGUAAGGAAUGCAGGAAAGCCUUCAGCCAGAAUGCCCACCUUGCUCAACACCAGAGAGUUCAUACUGGAGAGAAACCUUAUCAGUGUAAAGAGUGUAAAAAAGCCUUCAGCCAGAUUGCACACCUGACUCAACACCAGAGAGUUCAUACUGGAGAGAGACCUUUUGAAUGUAUCGAGUGUGGAAAGGCCUUUAGUAAUGGUUCAUUUCUUGCUCAGCAUCAGAGAAUUCACACUGGAGAGAAACCUUAUGUAUGUCAUGUGUGUGCGAAAGCCUUUAGCCAUCGUGGAUACCUAAUUGUACAUCAGAGAAUACAUACAGGAGAGAGACCCUAUGAAUGUAAGGAAUGUAGGAAAACCUUCAGCCAGUAUGCACACCUUGCUCAACACCAGAGGGUUCAUACUGGAGAGAAACCUUAUGAAUGUAAAGUAUGUAGGAAAGCCUUCAGCCAGAUCGCGUACCUUGAUCAACAUCAGAGGGUUCACACUGGAGAGAAACCCUAUGAAUGUAUAGAAUGUGGGAAGGCCUUUAGCAACAGUUCGUCACUUGCACAACAUCAGAGAAGUCAUACCGGAGAGAAACCCUACAUGUGUAAGGAAUGUAGGAAAACGUUUAGCCAGAAUGCAGGCCUUGCUCAGCAUCAGCGAAUUCAUACUGGAGAGAAACCUUAUGAAUGUAACAUUUGUGGGAAAGCCUUUAGCUACAGUGGGUCUCUAACUCUACAUCAGAGAAUUCAUACUGGAGAAAGACCCUAUGAGUGUAAGGACUGCAGAAAAUCUUUCAGGCAGCGAGCACACCUCGCUCAUCAUGAGAGAAUCCACACUAUGGAGUCAUUCUUGACUCUUUCCUCUCCCUCAGUCUCUGUGUCCAGUCCGCUGCCAAGACCUGUAGGCUUUAUCUCCUAA